CUUGGAUUAAAGAUUAAGAAUUUGAAGAAUUGCUUUCGGAUGCCCCCCCAGAAAGAAAUAUCGAGCAAGUUCAUCAUCUUCUGAUCCAUCUGAAACCGACAUAGAUAGGCCCACUAUUUUAGCCAGAAUUGUUAGUCUUAACAUUCAUUUUGAGAGGGGAUUUCAGAUGAGUGCACUGCAUACAUAUCAUUCCACAGUCACCAUGUUAACUGCAGUAGGUCUUAGGAGCAUGAUGACUAAACCCUUAGAAAAAGCAAACAUUUCAUUAGUGCAUGAGUUCUAUUCUGGAUGGGAGAUUGAUCCAGAUAGAGAAUAUUCAGCUUUUUCUAUCGUGAGGGGUGUUAGGGUUAUUUUCGAUCUUUCCACUAUUCGUGCUACCCUUGACCUUGCAGAGCCACCCACUGAUGUACCAGAUUACUUCCAUUUAGCCUCCACUUUACAGCCUGGUACACCAGAAUACAACAACAUGUCUGCAACCUUGUGUGGGAGGGUCUUUACAUCUAGUUUCGGUUCAGGAAAUCUCAAACCAGAAUAUAGAUUACUUAAUCUUUUCCUGAACUUUGAUUUGAAACCCACCACUGCAUACUCCGUCAUUACCCCACACGAUAUUCUCCUUCUCUUUUGGAUAGCCACUGGUCAGCGAUUUGAUAUAGCGAGGAUUAUAUUUGUAUGGAUGCGCUCAUCAGUGGAGAAUGUGUUAGAUUGGGUCAGGACACAGUCUGCAUCACGUACUGAGCUCAUUUACCCCUAUUUUAUCACUAGACUCUGCCAUAGAUUUCACGUUCCAGUGUUCGCAAAGGAUAGGUUAGAAGCAGGAAGGGGUUACUAAAUGAUCAGACUGUGAGGAGGAGCAUUUCAGGACGAGAUCAGUCCGGUCCUUCAGGUAGAGAGCCUCCUCAGCACCAGCCAGCUACACAUGACCCCACUCGAGAGGAGAUGGAUACGAUGCGGAGUCGCAUGGACAGGAUGCAGAUUCGCAUGGAGAGGAUGCAGAGUCAGAUGCACAGAAUGCAGCGGCAUAUACACGACAUACAUGGUCAGAUGAGCUUUUCCACAAAUACCCUAGCAUAUUUGGCGAGAGGAUGGCAGAGAGAACAUGGAGAUACAGAUGUACCUCCACCUGAGCUUCAUAGUUAUAUCACACCAUUUCAGCCAGAUGAUUUCCCAGGAGAGGAUGAGGCAGGACCGAGUUCAGCAGCUGCCGCGGAUGAUGUGGAUGACGAUAUAUCAGGAGAUGAGCAGUGAGGGAUGUUCUUUCUAUUUUACCCAGUCUUUGAUAUUUAUUUCGGCAUGUACUUAUUAAACUGUGAUAUUUUGGAUAUUAUUUGCCUUGAGGACACUGCAAAGUCUGGGUAUG